AUGACCCUGCCCACACCGUGGGGCGUGGAGCAGCAGCUGGAGGAGAUGAUGGAGCUGACGGCGCAGAACCUGCCCUGGCUGGAGGUGACCCAGUCAUACACCAUCCUGAGGGAGCUGGGCAGCGGCUCCUAUGGACAUGUACUGCUGGCUGUGCACCAGCGGCAAGGCAGCCCGAUGGCGCUGAAAUUCAUCGAGAAGCGGGACACUGAGCUGCGGGACUUCCUGAGUGAGUACUGCAUCGCGCUGACCCUGGCCGCUCACCCCUGCAUCGCCAGCGCCCUGGGUAUCGCCUUCCAGACCAAGCACCACUAUAUCUUCGCGCAGGAGCUCGCCCCUGCCAGGGACCUCUUCUCCCUGCUGCAGCCACAGUGCCCCAAGGCCUUCAAGGGUUCGUCAGCACUGCUUUACCACCAGCGCAGCCACACAGGUGAGCGCCCCUACAAGUGUGCUGACUGUGGAAAGGCCUUCAAACGCUCGUCGCUGCUGCAGAUCCACCAGAGCGUGCAUACGGGCCUGCGCGCCUUCAAGUGUGCUCUGUGCGGCAUGGCCUUCAAGUGGUCAUCACACUACCAGUACCAUGUGCGCCAGCACACAGGCGAGCGCCCCUACAAAUGCACGUUGUGUGAGAAGGCCUUCAAGAACUCAUCCAGCCUGCGACGCCACCGCAACAUCCACACGGGUGAGCGCCCCUAUGUCUGCGCCGCCUGCGGGAAGGCCUUCACCCAGUCCACCAACCUGCGGCAGCACCAGCGCAUCCACACAGGCGAGCGACCCUACCAGUGCACCGAGUGCCCCAAGACCUUCACCCACUCCUCCAAUCUGCUGUUGCACCAGCGCACCCACACCGGGGGCCGGGCCCACAAGUGCCAGGCCUGCGGCAAGGCCUUCAUCUCGGACGCCUACCUGCAGAAACACCUGCAGACACAUGCGGCCAAGCCACUGGCACCCUACGGCGAGGCGGAGCUGGCCUGCACGCCGGCCGAGCUCUUCCUGGCUCCGGCCGAGCCAGUAGAGACGGUGGAGAUGCUGUGGAAGUGUGGGGAAUGCGAGUUGACCUUCCCCAGCGAGGAGCUGCUGCUGGGCCACCAGCAGAGCCACCUGACCCCCGCUGCGCCCGCUGAGCUGCCCAUCCCGCCACUCUACUCCUGUGCUACCUGUGGCAAGGCCUUCAAGAAUGGCUCGGGCCUGGCACGCCACCAGCACAGCCACGUGGGCGAGCGCCCCUACAAGUGCUCCAUCUGCGAGAAGACAUUUGUGCAGCUCUCCAGUCUGCUGGGGCACCAGCGCAGCCACCCGGCCGAGCAGCAGCUCAUCCAGGCUGAGGCCGAGGUCACCUGUCCCCAGACCGCAGCUGAGCCGGUCCCGCCCCCCGUGCCUCCAGAGGUGGCUGAGCGCCCCUACAAGUGCACCGAGUGCGGCAAGGCCUUCAAAGGCUCAUCGGGGCUGCGCUACCACCUGCGUGACCACACCGGCGAGCGCCCCUAUAAGUGCUCGGAGUGUGGCAAGGCCUUCAAGCGCUCCUCACUGCUGUCCAUCCACCAGCGUGUGCACACCGGCCUGCGCGCCUUCAAGUGUGCCGAGUGUGGCCUCACCUUCAAGUGGUCGUCACAUUACCAGUACCACUUGCGCCUGCACACAGGCGAGCGUCCCUAUGGCUGUGCCGACUGCGGCAAGGCUUUCAAGAACACCUCGUGCCUGCGGCGGCACCGCCAGCUGCACACAGGUGAGCGCCCCUUUGCCUGCCUGGUGUGCGGCAAGGCCUUCACCCAGACCUCCAAUCUGCGGCAGCACCAGCGCACCCACACAGGCGAGCGCCCUUACAGCUGCCAGGAGUGUGGCAAGAGCUUCACCCACUCCUCUAACUUGCAGCUCCACCAGCGCACGCAUUCCAGUGAGCGCCCCUUCAAGUGCUCCAUCUGUGCCAAGGGCUUCGUCAUGGCCUCCUACCUGCAGCGCCACCUGCGCACCCAUGCCACCGAGGCCAAGGGGGAGGGCCCGGCCCCAGGCCUUCCUGCCCCACCUGCCACCCAGGAGGUGCACAUUGUGCCCAACCUGCAGGCCACCCUCAACCUGGAGGUGGGCACCGCCCCCAGUGCCCCCAACUCGCAGACCUUCCUGCUGGUGCAGACGGCUCAGGGGCUGCAGCUCAUCCCCAGUGUCCAGCAGAGCCCCCAGAAGCUGCUGCUUCUGCCCAGCCCGCAGCUGGUGCCCACGCAGCAGAAAGUGCCCAUCCUCCAGAAUACGCCCAAUUUCACACUGGUGCCCAGCAGCUCUGUGGCCCCAAGCAACCCUGCCCCACGCCAGCAGAGCAAGGGUAGGAAGCCGGCAGCACCUGGCAACCCCCAGAACAUUAUCCUGGUGCCGGGAGGUGGGCCGGCGUUGCCCAGUGUGCAGAUCCAGGCGCUGCCAGGCACACAGCGGGCACCGGUCCUCCCGGCUGGCCAGAACAUCAUCGUGCUGCAGAACGUGGCUGAGCAGCCCCCUGCAGAGGUGUCUGGUGUCCGGAUCCAGGCUCAGCCUCAGGAGGUGGCCAGCAUCCAGCUGCAGGCCCUGCCACCACCCCCUGCUGAGGCAUCCAGCAUGCAGGCUCUGCCUCAGCCCCCGGAACUGGGCAGCAUGCAGCUGCAAACCCUGACACAGCCUCCCCCAACAGGGGGUGAGGAGCAGCCCCUGCCUUGCUCCUCAGCACUUCCGGGCACGGUGGGUUCCGGGCCAGAGGUGUCGGGCCUGCAGGAGAGCCAGGACCUGCUGGUGGUGCAGAGCGGGCCAGGGGAGGAGCUGCUGGGGUCGGGUGGCGAGGUAGGUGUGCAUCUGGAGACACUUCAGACAGAGGAGGGGGUGCAGAGCGUGCUGGUGCUGCGUGGCGCUGACGGUGAGCAGACCCGACUCUGCGUGCAGGAGGUGGAGAACCUGCAGGAACUGCCCCCAGACAGUGGGGUGGGGGGCCUGGCACCAUCCUCAGGGCAGAAGCUCUUCAUCAUUCGCAGCGCACCUGGUGCUGUCACUCCCGCCAGACGUGAUGCCCAUGUUGGACCCUAGCCAGCUCGCUAUCCGUGAGAUGCAGGAAGAUGAGGAGCAGAUGAUUCUGGAACUGCUAAAGGAUGGGUUCAAGGACACGGAGAACCGGCUGAUCUUGUAUGUCCUGACGCGGCCCCUGGCACUGCUGCUCCUGGCCGUGGUGAGCAG